AAGGGAUCCAGUUUUAUGACUGUAUCUUAUCGUCACAGGGAAUCUUUGAACAAAUUGAUGAAGAACUUGUACAGUACUCAUCCUCAUUUUGUACGUUGUAUUAUUCCCAACGAGUUGAAACAACCUGGACUUAUUGACGCCCAUUUGGUUCUUCACCAGCUUCAAUGUAAUGGUGUAUUGGAAGGUAUCCGUAUUUGCCGAAAAGGAUUCCCCAACAGAAUCAUCUACUCUGAAUUCAAACAGAGAUACUCUAUAUUGGCUCCAAAUGCUAUUCCUGAUGGAUUCGUUGAUGGUAAAGUUGUUGCCACCAACAUUCUCCAAGCUCUUCAGAUGGACACUGCCGAAUAUCGUCUUGGUCUCACUAAAGUCUUCUUUAAAGCUGGUGUGGUUGGUUAUCUUGAAGAUCUUCGUGAUGAACGUUUGACUUCUAUCAUCUCUAUGUUCCAAGCCCAUAUCAGAGGUUACUUGAUGAGAAAAGCCUACAAGAAACUCUGUGAUCAGAGAGUUGGGCUGUCUGUUAUCCAGAGAAACAUCAGAAAAUGGCUUUUGAUGAGAAACUGGCUCUGGUGGAAACUUUACACCAAAGUAAAGCCUCUUUUGAACGUUGCCCGUGCCGAGGAUGAGAUGAAAGUGAAAGAGGAAUUACUUGAAAAGACCAAAUCCGAACUCGAGAAAACUGAAAAGGUCAAGAAAGAGCUUGAGGAACAGAACGUCACUCUUCUACAACAGAAGAAUGACAUGUAUAUCCAACUACAGGCUGAACAAGACAACGUUGCCGACUGUGAAGAGAAGAUCGAGAAAUUGAUCAAACAGAAGGUUGAUUUCGAAUCCCAGAUCAAGGAAAUGGAAGAGAGACUGCUCGACGAAGAAGAUGCCGCCGCUGAACUCGAAGAAAAGAAAAAGAAAUUAGAC